AUGAGUGUGUUUUCGGGUGCAAGAGAAUGGGACCUCGACAUCGAUCGCUACCUUAAUCGUGUCAUUCCUCCUUCGCCCCUGUACAAGCUUCCGACGUCGAUAUCAAGGUUCCUCGGUUACAGAAAAGAAUCGCGACAGGAUGUUGGGAACAUACUUGGAGCGUUCUGGUCGUUGCUGGGCGCAUUCUGUGGUCUGGCGGUUGUGGCAGCAGUCUUCAACAAUACGGAUAGUAUACAACGGCAUCAGCCACCAGCGCUGAUCGCUUCAUUUGGUGCCUCUGCAAUUCUCGAGUACAACUCUAUACGUUCACCUCUCGGCCAACCCCGCAAUGCCCUGCUAGGCCACGGCAUCUCCGCGCUUAUUGGCGUCGGCGUGUCGAAGUUGUUUCAAUACCACCCAGAGUAUGAGUCAAUAAAAUGGAUCGCGGGUGCUAUAGCAUGCGGCUGCGCGUCUGCUGUCAUGCUUUUGACCAACACCGUACAUCCUCCAGGCGGCGCAUCCGCAGUGCUCGCCGCCACAGACCCGGUCAUUACGGCCAUGGGUUGGUAUUUUGUCGGGCUUGUUCUCUGGGGCGCCACCCUUAUGGUUGUAGUCGGGCUGAUCAUCAACAACAUUCAGAGGCAGUUUCCAAUAUAUUGGUGGACCCCUGUGGAUUUACGCAAAGCGAAGAUUGAAGACGAAGAGGUAGUGCCAGACGGGAGAGGCGGAUUGGAACCAAAGAAGAGUGCGGAGCAACAGCGUUACGACCAAACAGGAGACAUAAUAGAAAUCAACGGUGCAGAAGUCGUACUACCCGACGAUAUGAGUCUGAAUGGGGAAGAGACAAGGGUAUUAGAGAAGCUACGAGAGAGGUUACGAAAGAGAGUAGACGUUAGGAGAGAAGGAGGGGACAUGGAGACAAAAGAGGCAGACAGUGGAAGGAGUAGUGCUGAGUCCACUAUGGUUCUGAGUAAUAGUGGGAGCAGUCAGACUGGUAUAUAG